AUGUCGCGAACAUGUUCCCUCUUCAUUCUAGGCCUAGCCAUCCUUGCCGACGCUGUGACAGCGGCGAACUACGGCUGUUCCGGCGACAACUACACCAGCAAAGGCACAUACAGCGCCAACCUCAACUCUCUCAUUUCAUCUCUUCCACCAAACAUACAACACAACGGAUUCUACAACGCCACCGUGGGCCAACCCCCGGACCGAGUCACCUGCCUCCGAGAAGCCGUCCCAGAGCUUCUCCGGUUGUGCCCCAACCGAAGACAGGACAUCCUGUUCAAAGACACAUGCACGCUGCGCUACUCCGACGAGUCUCUUGUUGACGGCGCCGGAUCUGACAGUUUCCCUAUCACUGCCAAGAGUAUCCGGACUGCAAGUGAUCCCGAGCAUUUCAACCAGAAUCUAUGGGGGCUGCUAGGGUAUCUCCGCGCUCAGGCGGGUGCAGGAGGGCAGUUGAUGAAGCUGGCAGCGGGGAAUGAGACAGGGUCGAGUUCUCAGACCAUAUUCGCGCUGGUGCAGUGCGUGCCUGAUCUGUCAGAAGAGGGCUGCAACCGUUGUUUGAUCAACUCGGAGCAAAAUGCGUGUUGUGAUAGCAACACGGGGAUGAGACUGUAUAUGCCCGCCUGUUUUAUUCAAUAUGAGGUGCUACCCUUUUACAAUAUCACUCGGAUCGAAGAAGUGCGAGCGAUCAUAUCGCAUCUCCCUCCUCCGGCGCCGCCACCACCAUCACCGCCUCCGCCUGGCAACCCUGAUGUUGUAAAAACUAUAAUCAUAAUUCUUGUUCCCAUUUUCAUGGCUCUCGCUUGUGUUGGCCGUUACGUCAAAAAGAGAUUCAAGAAGAAAACCGACCAAUUAAUAUUACAAGGAUCAAAUGUGGAGGAACUGGAAGAUAUAAGUGCAGAAGAUGUAAGUGCUGAAGAAUCCCUUUUAUACGAUUACGAAGAACUUGUAGUUGCCACAGACAAUUUCUCCAGCAGAAACAAACUUGGACAAGGAGGAUUUGGGGCAGUUUAUAAGGGAAAACUUCGAAGUGGGCUACAUAUUGCAGUCAAAAGGUUGUCAGAAAAUUCAACACAAGGAGAAUUAGAGUUCAAGAACGAAGUAGUGUUAAUGGCCAAGCUUGAACAUAGAAAUUUAGUAAGGUUGUUGGGAUUCUCAGUACAAGGAUCGGAGAGGCUUCUCGUCUAUGAAUUUGUUCAAAAUGGAAGUCUAGACAACUUUAUUUUUGAUCCAGUGAAGCGUUUGCUUAUUAGUUGGGAGAGUCGGUACAUGAUCAUAAAGAGCAUUGCCAAGGGACUUGUUUAUCUGCACGAAGGGUCUCCUUUGCGUAUAAUUCAUCGCGAUCUCAAAGCAAGCAAUAUACUCCUAGAUGGGGACAAAACCCCUAAAAUCUCUGAUUUUGGUUUGGCAAGAUUGUUUCGAGAUGAUCAAACACGAUCCAAUACACGCAAGAUCGCUGGAACCUUCGGAUACAUGGCACCAGAAUAUGCACAAAACGGGGAUUUUUCGCUUAAAUCCGACGUGUUUAGUUUUGGAGUGCUGGUGCUGGAGAUUAUCAGUGGACAAAGUACCUGUAAUUUCAAGAAUGUGGAAAAUGGAGAGAACAUACCGUACAUGCUUAGUUAUGCUUGGAGAAACUGGUUUGCGGGAAGAGCAAAGAAGUUGAUGGAUCCCACAUUGAUAUCUUCCUCGACCUCUCUCCGUGAUAUGAUGAGAUGUAUUCAUAUCGGUUUGUUGUGCGUACAAAAAAAUGCAAGGGAUCGACCGACCAUGGCUUCUGUAUUGGUAAUGCUUCAUAGCUUCACUAGCACUUUACCAAUGCCUUUGCAACCGGCGUUUUUUGUCCCCAACAACGAGGACAUGAGAAGAUCUUUGGAGAUCACUAAGUUAUCCGAAAAUGAAGCAUCGAUAACUGAUUUAUAUCCACGUUAA